UUUGCUUCAGCCACAGAGUUGGACAAGAACUUUAAUAUAAACACAUCUACCUACAAAGGGAUACACUUUGGAGGAUCAUCAACAACUAUCUGUCCACUACACAAUCUAGAAGAACAUCAGCUUGCUUGAAAAGAGAAAACUGUAACCAUGGCACCCAUUCUACUGAACUGCUUGAGCAAUGAGCAUGAGGAUUAUAUCAAACCUCAGGUUCAUGUGAAGAAUCCACACUUGGACUCCAUGGAGGAGGAUAUCCUCUACCACUUCAACCUGGGAACUAAGACCCACAACCUGCCAGAGAUGUUCGGGGAUAUCAAGUUUGUGUGCGUUGGAGGAAGCGCCAACCGCAUGAGGGCUUUUGCCAAGUUCAUGCACCAGGAGCUGGGCCUGCCCGGAAACACAGACGAGAUCACCGAUAUCUGUGAGGGGACGGACCGUUACUCCAUGUACAAAGUGGGACCCGUACUCUCUAUCAGUCAUGGCAUGGGCGUGCCCUCCAUCUCCAUCAUGCUCCAUGAGCUGAUCAAGCUGCUGCACCACUCAGAGUGCCACGACGUCACCAUCUUCCGCAUCGGCACCUCCGGUGGAGUCGGUCUUGCCCCAGGCACGGUGGUGAUCACAGACAAGGCAGUGGACUGCUUCUUCAGGCCCCAGUACGAGCAGGUGGUGCUGGGGAAGGUUAUCGUGAGGAGCACUGAGCUGGAUGGAGACCUGGCUGACGAACUGAUCCAGUAUGCCGGAGAGAUGUCCGAACUGCCCACAGUCAUCGGCAACACCAUGUGCACCCACGACUUCUAUGAAGGUCAAGGUAGGCUGGACGGUGCACUGUGCUCCUUCUCCACAGAGGAGAAACUGGAAUACCUGAGGAAAGCCUACGACUCCGGCGUCAGAAACAUCGAAAUGGAGUCCACAGUGUUUGCUGCCAUGUGCCGCGUGUGCAACCUCAAAGCUGCUGUGGUGUGUGUGACUUUGCUGAACCGCUUUGACGGAGACCAGAUCUCCACGCCCCACGAGGUGCUGGUAGAGUACCAGCAGAGACCUCAGUGCCUGGUGGCCCAGUUCAUCAAGAAACGCCUGGGGCUCAUCAUCUGAAAAAACACAGUCUGGCCCACCUACGCCAAGGCCAUGGCUGUCGUCCUGUGCAUAUAUGUACAUACAUGUUAAUAGUAUUGCGGUUAUUUAAAGAGGGUUACUGUUUAAACACUUUGUCAAGGAGAAAGGAAGGUGCUUUUUGGACUGGAGAGGAGAGUAUAUGAGAGACAGACGACUAUUCCACUUUCUUUACCUCACUUGUGCACUUUCCCAACAGUGCACUCUCAAAUAGGCUUUUCAGACUAUCUCAUCUGUUCAUUUUAUUAAUGCAAUGUUCCUUCAGUUAAUGUGGCCCAACGUACAUUCAGUAUAUAGUGUGAGGGUGUGUUGCAAUGUCUGUUAUUGAGGAAUACUCAACAGUGGGUUGGGGGUCGAUUGGACCAUGAGUGUGCUAUAGGUCAUGUGAUGACAUAAACAGGCCGUAUAGGAGUCUGUAAAGUAGCGCACGUACGUGUAGUUCGUGGAGGCAUAUGUUAUGUAUUGCAUAGUCUGAAUCUCUUGAGACUCGUAGAACUACAGUAGUUGAGCCCUUUUUUCCAAUAUUGAUCAAUCACAUAAACAACCUUGUUAAACGGUUAUAAAAAUGUGUAUAGUGUGAAUUUUGUGUAUGUUGUGUUUUGCUAGCAGUUGUAUAGGGUGCAAAUGUAUAUUUUUUUCAUUGAUUUGAUGUGUAAAUUAAAUAUGAGCUGUGCAUUGUGUUUUUACUGUGCAAUUUAUAUCUAUUAAAAACCUUUACAAACUUAAACAAA